UCACCAACACAAACUCAUAAACUUCAUAAAAUCUCUUAGAAAGUUGUUUUCUUUCUUUAUUAGCUUCUUAAUUCUUUCGUUUUCAAACAAUCGACCAUGUCUUUGAUCAAAAGAAACGUCUUCUUUAUUUCUUUGCUGAUUUUUCUAGCACUUUGUGGAGUUUCCAUUGGAGGAACCGUUCACCAAGUUGGUGACUCUAAUGGAUGGGCGAUUAUGAGCGUCAAUUACGAUAGAUGGGCCUCUUCAAGAACUUUUCAUGUCGGAGACUCUUUGGUUUUCAAGUACAACAAAGAUUUCCACGACGUCACUGAAGUCACUCAUAAUGAUUUCAAGCUGUGUGAACCGUCUAAACCACUAACGAGAUACGAGACCGGAUCUGAUACCGUCAUUCUAACCAAACCGGGACUCCAACACUUCAUAUGCGGAUUUCCAAGUCACUGCGACAUGGGACAAAAGCUUCAAAUCCAUGUAUUACCGGCCUCUUUGGGACCUGUCGCUGCUCCGGUUCCUGGACCCAUCCGAUCACCUAGCUCUUUGAUGUCUCCUUCACCGUCUUGGAAAAAAUCAGCAUCAAUCAUGAAGAACACAAUCAUGGGUUUGUUAAUUGUGGCAUUGUCACUAUUUGGUUUCGUUCGUGCUACAUCUUUAUACGAAGUUGGAGACUCCAACGGAUGGACAACAACGGUGGGUGUUGAUUAUUACAAGACAUGGUCUUCUUCAAAGACUUUCUAUGUUGGAGAUGUACUCAUUUUUCAAUACAACAAGACUUUUCACAAUGUGAUGGAAGUGAGUUUCCAAGAUUUCGAAUCGUGCAACCCUAAUUCCCCUCUGACCACAUACCAAUCCCAGUAUGAACCGGUUAUUCUUAACCGAACCGGUCACUACUAUUUCAUAUGUGGUGUGCCUGGUCACUGCGAAUCUGGUCAAAAGCUCGACGUCCUAGUUAUGCCUGCGUCUCUAGAGAAUACUACUCCCAUUAUUCAACCAAACAACGCAUCUUCUUCUAAUCCUAGUCCUAAGCCUUCAGAGGAUCCUCUUGAGGUUCUUCCUGUAGAUGAUGCAACAAUCGCAACACUUCCUUACAAUGCAGCCUCAAGUCUUUGUGUGUGGAGUGCCUUAAGCAUGCUCUCGUUCUUUCUUCUACAAACCUUAGUUUUUCUUUGAGGUGUUUUUUAGGGUUUACUUAUGAGAUUUUUAAGUUGGUUUUCUUUUAUUGCCUUAUAAAUGUUUACUAGUGUU